GCUCUGAUUCCAAGUUCCUGCCCUUGAAGCAAACUGGGCCCUUCUGAGAACUGGGACUUCGUCUGGAGUAACAAGACCCGUGGGCCACGUUUCUGACUCCUUUUUUGCACGUGAGCAAGAAGGAGCCUUCGGCAACUGCGACUGGUUCUCCCUAGGAACCCGCUUGUCUCACUCCAGCAGCAUGGCGGCAGGUGUGGCGGCCUGGCUGCCCUUUGCGAGGGCGGCGGCCAUUGGGUGGAUGCCCGUGGCCUCGGGGCCCAUGCCAGCGCCCCCGAGGCAGGAGAGAAAACGGACCCAAGAUGCUCUCAUCGUGCUGAACGUGAGCGGCACGCGUUUCCAGACGUGGCAGGACACCCUGGAACGCUACCCGGACACUCUGCUGGGUAGUUCCGAAAGGGACUUCUUCUACCACCCAGAGACCCAGCAGUAUUUCUUUGACAGGGACCCAGACAUCUUCCGCCACAUCCUGAAUUUCUACCGCACGGGGAAGCUCCACUACCCCCGCCACGAGUGCAUUUCCGCCUACGAUGAAGAGUUGGCCUUCUUUGGCCUCAUCCCAGAAAUCAUUGGCGACUGCUGCUACGAGGAAUACAAGGACCGCCGGCGCGAGAACGCCGAGCGCCUGCAGGACGAUGCCGACACCGACACCACCGGGGAGAGCGCGCUGCCCACCAUGACAGCGCGGCAGAGGGUCUGGCGCGCCUUCGAGAACCCCCACACCAGCACCAUGGCCCUGGUAUUCUACUAUGUGACUGGCUUCUUCAUAGCGGUCUCUGUCAUCGCCAAUGUGGUGGAGACCGUGCCCUGUGGGUCCAGCCCGGGCCACAUUAAAGAGCUGCCCUGCGGAGAGCGCUAUGCUGUGGCCUUCUUCUGCCUGGACACGGCCUGUGUCAUGAUCUUUACCGUCGAGUACUUGUUGCGCCUGGCUGCAGCGCCCAGUCGUUACCGCUUUGUGCGCAGUGUGAUGAGCAUCAUAGAUGUGGUGGCCAUCCUGCCCUACUAUAUUGGUCUGGUGAUGACGGACAAUGAGGAUGUGAGCGGGGCCUUUGUCACGCUCCGUGUCUUCCGGGUCUUCAGGAUCUUUAAGUUUUCCCGCCACUCCCAGGGCCUGCGCAUCCUCGGCUACACGCUCAAGAGCUGUGCCUCCGAGUUGGGCUUCCUGCUCUUCUCGCUCACCAUGGCAAUCAUCAUCUUCGCUACGGUCAUGUUCUACGCGGAGAAGGGGUCUUCGGCCAGUAAGUUCACCAGCAUCCCUGCGGCCUUCUGGUAUACCAUCGUCACCAUGACAACAUUGGGGUAUGGUGACAUGGUGCCAAAAACCAUAGCAGGGAAGAUUUUUGGUUCCAUCUGCUCGCUGAGUGGAGUCUUGGUCAUUGCUCUACCUGUCCCAGUGAUUGUCUCCAACUUCAGUCGGAUCUACCACCAAAACCAGCGAGCAGACAAGCGGAGGGCACAAAAGAAAGCUAGACUGGCCAGAAUCCGGGCAGCCAAGAGUGGAAGUGCCAAUGCCUACAUGCAGAGCAAACGGAAUGGUCUACUCAGUAACCAGUUGCAGUCCUCCGAGGAGGAACAGGCCUUUGUUAGCAAGUCCGGCUCCAGCUUUGAAACCCAGCACCACCAUCUGCUCCACUGCCUGGAGAAAACCACGAAUCACGAGUUUGUAGAUGAGCAAGUCUUUGAAGAAAGUUGCAUGGAAGUUGCAACUGUUAAUCGUCCUUCAAGUCACAGUCCCUCUCUCGCUUCACAACAAGGAGUCACCAGCACCUGCUGUUCACGACGACACAAAAAAACAUUCCGCAUCCCUAAUGCCAAUGUGUCAGGAAGCCAUCGAGGCAGCGUGCAAGAACUCAGUACCAUUCAGAUCAGAUGUGUGGAGAGAACACCGCUAUCUAACAGCCGAUCCAGUUUGAAUGCCAAAAUGGAAGAGUGUGUUAAACUAAACUGUGAACAACCUUAUGUGACCACAGCAAUAAUAAGCAUCCCGACUCCUCCAGUGACCACACCAGAGGGAGAUGACAGACCAGAAUCUCCAGAGUACUCGGGAGGAAAUAUCGUCAGAGUGUCUGCUUUGUAAGACGGUUGGAAGAAGUUCAAGAGAAUUUGCACCCUGGCUGUGGAAAGAAUCUCAGUGUUGAAGAAAGAAGAUAUAAACCAUCUGCAGAUCAAGACGAUGACAGAAGAAGGUUGGUAGAAAAAGCAAAACAAAGCUUCCAACCUCGAGGCUGUGAAUAAAACCACCCACUGGCAUUUCCAGAGACUGACCUCUUACAGGAAUAUUCGGAGACCCUUGACUUUGUGAAUGAGCACAAUGAAAUGCCAUCUAUUGA